AUGUUUUCCAAGCCCUUCCAACAAUCUACCACCGAAACAAUGAGCUUCGAUGACAAUAAUGCCAUUUUGGUAUCCGAUCCAUCUGUUAAAUGUAUAGAUGGUCUCGAAACCGACAAGGCCACAGCUAUACCAGCGACCAUGAAGUCCUCUUUACCAGUCGUGGACACAGCCGAGCUUAUGGAACUAUAUAGUGAGAAUGUUGUGGCCAAGAUCUGGAGAGUUGCCGAAACGUAUCUCGAGGAACAUGUGUGUCCCCAGUUUGGCAAAUAUGAUUCUAAGCCCGCUAACUUCUGGACAUGCGGCUUUUUCCCUUCGAGCUUAUACUGCAUCCUUGAGCGUUUUGCAAAGUUCCCGCAUCGCAUUCCCCUUCCAGCCCUGUCGUCUGACAAUACCAGAUCGCUGGUGUCUUCGCACUACGCCCAGCUCCUGGCCCUAUGUCGCUCGUGGUCUGCACCAUUACACGCCCAAGCAAUAAGGACCAAUACACACGACUUGGGCUUCAUGAUACAUCCGUUGCGCAUGGACUGGGAGCUCACUGGCAAUCAGUCAAGUCUAGAGAGCUACCUUACCGCCGCAGAUAACCUGGCGUCGCGGUACGACGAGAGGGUCGGAGCGAUUCGUAGCUGGGAACAGGCUAAGAGCCGAGCCUACGAGAUUGUUGAUAAGGAGAACAACUUUCUGAUCAUUGUGGACAGCAUGUGUAACAUGGACCUACUCUUUUACGCUGGCCAUCACGCCAAAAAUUCGCGCCUUACUGCCAUCGCAACCCGACAUGCUCGCACGGUCCUGGCGACCCUUAUUCGCCCGGAUGCCUCCACAUGGCAUGUCGCCAACCUCGAUCAGCAUGCACCUCAGCAAGCCACCGUGAAGUAUAACAUGACCCACCAGGGAUUCGCUGACGACUCUACUUGGGCACGCGGCCAGGCCUGGGCGAUACUUGGUUUCGCGCAGACAUACAACUGGACCGGCGAAAUCGAAUUCCUAGUGGCAUGCAGACGCCUGGCCGAAUACUUCAUCACCCGACUACAGGAAUCUCCCGCCAAGAAAUGCAUUUGGGUGCCUGUAUGGGACUUUGAUGACAACAGCGGGGAGACUGAUUCCCAGGGGGACAGGUUGCGAGACGCAUCGGCGGGUAUGACUGCCGCUAAUGGAAUGCUGCUUCUCCAUCAGGCGUUGCAGGCAGGAGAGAAGGAGAAGUAUGAUGGAAGGAGGUACCUGGAUGCAGCGCUAAACAUUGCGAGGGAUACAAUCGCGUAUGCGCUUGACAAAGGGGAUGUCGCGCGGCUAGAGGUAGAUGGGGAGACUGGUAAGGUGAAAGUGCCGGCGGGGAGUUGGGACGCAAUCCUGAAGCAUUCGACGGCAAAUAAUAACUCGAAUGCUCUGAUGAGGUAUAAAGAUCAUGGGCUAGUUUAUGCGGACUACUACUUUCUUGAGUUUGGGAACAGAAUGCUACGGAUGGGUUUCUAA